AUGUUGAAGAUGAGCGGGUGGCAGCGACAGAGCCAAAAUCAGAGCUGGAACCUGAGGAGAGAGUGUUCAAGGAGGAAGUGUAUCUUCAUACAUCACCACACCUGAAAGCAGACUGACCCAACUGCAGAGAUGGCCGCUGAGUCACUGCCUUUCUCCUUCGGGACACUGUCCAGCUGGGAGCUGGAAGCCUGGUAUGAGGACCUGCAAGAGGUCCUGUCUUCAGAUGAAAAUGGAGGUACCUGUGUCUCACCUCCUGGAAAUGAAGAGGAAGAAUCAAAAACCUUCACCACUCUUGACCCUGCCUCUCUUGCUUGGCUGACCUCUGAGGAGGAGCCAGGACCAGCAGAGGUCACAAGCACCUCCCAGAGCCCCUGCUCUCCAGAUUCCAGUCAGAGAUCCCUGGCUCAGGAGGAAGAGGAGGAAGACCAAGGGAGAAACAGGAAACGGAAACAGAGUGGCCACUUGCCAGCCCGGGCUGGAAAGCA